AUCUAGCUUACCGCAAUCUAUGGAUGGUGUUUUAUCGUUUAGAGGUGUAAAGAUGAGAAUAUAAUGAUACGGCUAUACAAUGAAUAUGUCCAGUGUUCGAUUAGAUUACAAUAACUAAGUAAAAGAUGAAAAUGCGUGUGGAAAAAUGUUUUCGAUUCCAAUCGUGAUCUACUUCUGUACUUGUCAGCCAUAGAAACUGCGGUCAAAAGUAACUAGCUCGUUUCCUUUGUGAUCCCUUAAUCUAAAUAUCAGUGUCAAUUACUUUUAUAAAUGCUCAAAUUUUUCGAUCGCUGUAUUCAUAGUGUACUAUGAUCCUUUACGAAUGAAUUUGGAUCAUUUUUAUUGAAAAAAAUGUAUUUUUACUUCAUAACCUCCAUCAGGCGGAAGCGACAAUAAUCAUCCAUUUUUUAAAUAUAUGAGUUUUGAUGUGAAGUUACAAUUUAAAGUAUUAGGCUUAGUUUGUUAGGUGUAGUGUUUUCCCUGUGCUUCGAUCGUUACUUGUAGUAGAAUGGUGGAAAUAGGAGUGCACCAACAAUCAGCUGACGAGAGUCUGGAGAAUGCUGAAUGGUACUGGGGUGAUAUAACAAGAGAUGAAGCUAAUGAAAUUCUUAGAGAUACCUGUGAUGGCACUUUUCUGGUUCGCAAUGCAUCUAACAAAGAUAGUGGAUAUACCUUAACUGUUAGAAAAGGAGGCACAAACAAAUUAAUAAAGAUCUACAACCAUGAAGGCCGUUAUGGAUUCUGUGAACCCUUUGAAUUCAACUCUGUUGUGGAUUUGGUUAAGUUUUAUAAAGAAUAUUCCCUGGCACAUUGCAAUAGCAGUUUGGAUAUCAAACUUAUGUACCCAUUGUCAAGGCUACAAGAGAAUGAUGGAGCUGAGAAUAUUAAUGAUGAAACACUUGAAUCAAGGUACAAGGAGAUACAUAAGGAAUUUGUGCUAAAAACUAAAAAUUAUGAUGAAAGAUCUGAUACAUAUAUGAAAUUAAGAGAAAAAGUCAAAAUGAAGAGACAAUCUCAUGAUGCUUUUUGUGAAGCUGUCAAAGUCUGCGAGGAACAUUUAAAAUUACAAGAAAAAAUGCAUGCUGAAGCACAACCCCAUGAGAAAAAUGGCCUUAUUGAAAAUAACAAGCAGUUAGUAACACAAGUGAACAAUUUGAAACAAGCAAAGUUGCAAUUAUUCAAUUUACUAAGGGAAACUGUUGAAUCUAAUUUAUUGCUUGAAAGAGAAAUAACCAAAUUAAAAUCUGAAAUCAUUAAUCUAUACAAAUUAAAGGACAGAUACAAAGUGUGGCUUAAACGAAGAGGUAAAACUGAGGAAUAUAUUCAAGCUUUAGAAAAUAACAACAUUCAUAUUCUUGAAAAAUUAUAUGCACACAAUGAAUCAAUAAGUUGGAUGGUGGAAAAUUGUACAAGAGAUACGGCUGAGAAAAUGCUUGAAGGAAAACCUCAAGGCACAUUUUUAAUAAGACCUAAUUCAACGGGACAACUGGCAUUAUCUAUUUGUUGUAAUAAUAUGGUCUACCAUUGCAUAAUUUUCAAGACUGAAAGAGGAUAUGGAUUUGCUGAACCCUACAACAUUUAUAAAACUUUGAAUGAACUUGUACAUCACUAUGCAGUCAAUUCGUUAGAAGAGCACAAUGACCAAUUACGAACUGUUUUGAAGUAUCCGGUCAAUGCGCAUUUAGUGAAAAAACCUGAAAGGAAACAGGUACAAGAAACAACUCAACAAGAAACAACACCAUUACAAGAAGUUCAACCAAUGGACACACAGCUCCAGUCGUACAGAAGGCAACGAAAACAACGUGUCCCAAUGCCCUAAAAUGUUGUGAUUUAAUUGACCUACCUAGUCUGUGUAUAUUUGAAUGAACAUUCUUUACAUAUUAGGUACUACAAUCCAGUGAUUAUUUGAAUGUGUAAAAACCAUGAGUAUUAUAUGAAUGAAUUUUGUAUUAUAAUGUGUUUGCAUAUCUGUAUUCUUCCUGUUGUGGUCGUCUCACACAAUUUCACUCAGAUUAAGAGAAUGUAGUGAAACUUUUAAUGGGCGUUUUCAAGUAUACGCAUCUUUUUGUAUAGUAAAAAGUAGGAUGUGUUUGCAAUAUUAAAACAGGUUUGAAAUUGUAAAUGCUUUUACGUAAGUAUUCCUGAGUUUCCUGUAGAUUUGUGAUAUGUCAAGUCAUUUUGACUUGCUAAGGUUAUUUUUGGGAAAUUCUUUAGGUUUACGUACUUUUAUAUCUGUGAAAGAGAAUUAAUGUUUGUGACUUGCGAAUUUGUAAAUUGUGCGUGGUUUUGUAUAAUUUUGUGAAUUCUUUUCGCACGAUAUUGUAUCAUUAAAAUCAGUUGUAGUGUAUGGAUACAUAUGUAUUUAUAAUCUUAGCGUUCAUAGACUAAGGUAAUUGUACAAAGUGAUGAUAAAUAUUAUAGAUAUAUAUUUAUUUAAGUACUAAUUAUAUUUUACAACAAAGUUGAAACAGUUCUUAAGUUUUGUAUUGGGGUAAUAACUGCAUUAUAACAAACAUGGGUCCUACUUAUGGGCAAAUAAGAUGAUCUCUGAUGUACUAUUGUAGAGGCAGCACCUUUCACUUUCAAUGUUGUAAAUUCAGGCUAAUUCAGUUUGUUUCCUUUUUUAAUUUAUUCAGUUAUUUAUAAAAGCCUUUACAUGCUUUUGCACAUAGUGCUACCUAGUGUACAUAAACCUUUUUGAAUCAGGCAUGAUCAGGAAUGGUGCUAGGUACGGUCCGAAUUUGUGGUUUGCUCAAAAAUGGAGGUUGACUGUAAUUUUAAAUCAUACUGGUAGGUCUAUAUUUGGCAAGGUACAAUCAUCUUGCAGCUUUUAACCUUUUUUAGAUACCACCAUAACCGCUGGAUUUAGUCCAACUUUUGAUUUUUAGACCUCUAAUACACAUUGACUUGUGCCUCACUUUAGGCAACCUUGGUACAUCCAUCUCAUAUCCAUGCACACAAUUUAAAUCUCAGUUAGUCUUCUAUUUUUCUUAAAUUUAGAAACCAACCAGCAUUAAAACAUUUUAAUAAACAUACUUGUUAAUUAACAAGAUGUCA